CAAGGAUCUGAUUGGCUGAGCCGUGGAAAUGGCGGCUGUGGUCGGGGAGGGGGGCGGCCGAAAAGCUGAUGAGGCAUCUAUCGCUGUUUUCAGCUGUUGGUUUGUGCCCCGCGCUCUGAGCUAAGGAAAUUUUCGCGUCUUACUCCACUCCACACCUAAGGCGUUGCACGCUCUUGGUCCGCUGCAGCAGGCGCAGCCCGCUGGAGGGGCACCGCUGGGAUGGAGAGUCCGAGCCUGGACGACUGCGGAGCUGCCCCGUCGUUCACCGCCAGUGAGCGCCCAGUCCCAGACCGGCCGUGUGACCUCCGGGAGGAAGGUGUUGCUCUGGGAUCAGGAAGAGCGAGAGAAGACGAGAAGCAAAUGAUGAUAAAAAGCUGCAGUGAGUGUAACCCCCUGCCACAAGAACCAAUUGCUCCUGCUCAGUUUAGUGGUACAGCGGUGACAGAGUGCCGUAAGUCCGUCCCAUGCGGAUGGGAAAGAGUGGUGAAGCAGCGGUUAUCUGGGAAAACAGCAGGAAGAUAUGACGUUUAUUUUAUAAGCCCACAGGGACUGAAGUUCAGAUCCAAAAGUUCACUUGCUAAUUAUCUUCACAAAAGUGGAGAGACUUCUCUUAAACCAGAAGAUUUUGAUUUUACUGUACUUCCUAAAAGGGGCACCAAGUCAGGAUGUAAAGAUCGAAGCACGGCAGCUCUGACAUCCCGACUGCUAAAGGAAAGUAACAGUUCAAACCAGAACCUCAGGACACGAGGCAGGUGGAAAAAAGAUGUCUUUCCUCUGCCAAGUGGUAGUUUGGAAUUGCAAGAUGGCAGAGGACUAUCUAACUUUACUUCCAUUCAUUUGCUUUUGAAAGAAGAUGAGGGUGUUAAUGAUGUUGACUCCAGAAAGGUUAGAAAGUCCAAAGGAAAGGAGACUAUUUUGAAAGGAACCCAAAAGAAGAAAGCUAAAACCAGGUGCCGGAAGAGUCUUCCAGAUCCUGUCCAAAGUAACAGAAAAAGAGAAUCUGUGCAUAAGAAGGCAGUGGAUGCUGAGAACGAACCCGUUGCACAAGGAAGUCAGCUUGAUAGAGCUUGUUGCAUUUCUGAUGCCAAAGAGAGUGACAAGACCCUCAGUGUGACCUACGAGGAAGAGAGGCUUGGUAAAGAAAAAUCACCGAGUUCAGGAUCAAACUUUGAACAAAUCACUUCUGGUAUCACGAACAAAUCAUGUUCAACCAAAGAAGCAGAACACAACAGGAAGUGCAAGGACACCUUUUUAGACUCUGAGGAAAUAAGAACAAAAGUAGAAGUUGGGGAAAGGGAGGAACAUUUGCAUGUUGACAUUUCAAAAUGUGGCUCUGAAAUGGACAGCUGCUCACAAACGGAGAAAGACUCCACUUCUGUGGAACCGUCUCAAGAAGACACCAUCCCACGGACACAAAUAGAAAAAAGGAAAACAAGCCUGUAUUUUUCCAGCAAAUAUAACAAAGAAGCUCUUAGCCCCCCACGACGAAAGGCCUUUAAGAAGUGGACACCUCCUCGGUCACCUUUUAAUCUCGUCCAAGAAACACUUUUUCACGAUCCGUGGAAGCUGCUCAUCGCGACUAUAUUUCUCAAUCGGACCUCAGGCAGGAUGGCGAUCCCUGUGCUUUGGCAGUUCCUGGAGAAGUACCCUUCAGCUGAGGUGGCAAGAGCGGCAGACUGGAGAGAUGUUUCUGAACUUCUGAAGCCCCUCGGUCUCUAUGAUCUUCGAGCAAAAACCAUUAUCAAGUUCUCAGAUGAGUAUCUGACGAAGCAGUGGAAGUAUCCGAUCGAGCUUCACGGGAUUGGCAAGUACGGCAACGACUCUUACCGGAUUUUUUGUGUCAAUGAGUGGAAGCAGGUAAGGCCACUCCCAGACAUGAUGCCCCAGCACGUUUUGUCCCCAAGACAGAGUAAGUCCACCAUUAGGGCUAAAACUAUUCCUUGGACACACACACCUUUACAGUCACAACCAGUUUUGUUCCAGGCUUGAAGGGAAGUGCUGAGUGGGGUUAUUAACAGCAGGAGGGGAUCCACAGAUGCUCCCAAGUCUGCAGAUGCUGACCAACCUCCAUCGGUUGCCGCUUCUGGCCCGGUUCCUGUCAUUCCCACUCAUAUGCCGUCUCUAGGCCUGAUGGGGCUUUCCCCUGUCCCGUCAUGAGCACUGAAGGGAAGCAGGCAGGUCUGGGCGUGGGGUGCACACUGGUUGGGUUUCUCCUAGUGGUCUCAGGCCACUUCUGUACUAAGUGGGUCCGACUUUGGCUGCCAUUCUAUUGAGUGUGCUGUGCCCAGCCCACAGGCAUCCAGGUGGCAUCCUCGCAGCCGUGGGCAUUGCCCACUUAGCCUGCUUACACUGCCCACUUAGUCUGUGACUUGCCCUGAAGCAUUCAGCUGGUAGAUCUGUCCAAUCCCAUUCCUGCUUCACCAUUUGUUGUGACCUGAGCAAUCCAUUUUAACUCUCAGGGUCUAUAACCUCCUUCUGGAAAAUAGCAUAUUAACACUUGAUGCACAUUAUCACCACCCCAAGCCCCGGGUCCUGGUGAAGACUAGUACCAGAUUGGAAAAUGCUUUGUCAACUGUAAAGGAAUACUUUAAUGUAAGGUAUAAUUUUAAGGAUUCAUGAAUCCCAUUAGGUUAAAAGUUACAAUUUUCAGGUAUAUUCUCAUAAGGCACUGUUCCCCAACUGUAUCUUUAAAAAGCCAAUUUAAAAAGUGUAUUUCUGACUAACUUACAUAAAGACCUCUGUCUCCUAAUGGUUGUGUUUCUUCCAGGUACACCCUGAAGACCAUAAGUUAAAUAAAUAUCAUGACUGGCUUUGGGAAAAUCAUGAAAAAUUAAGUCUAUCUUAAAACGCUUUGAAGUUUUCAAACUUGUUAUUUGUACAUUGCUCUGUCCUCUGAUUCUUAACAAUUCCAUUAAGCACAACCAACUACCUUUCCAGGUGUGUAGAUUUUAAUGAGCCCAACUAGAAACCUGAUGUCUGUUUUCUCAAUGUGUGCCACUAGUAGACCUUCGCUACUGCACGUGCCGGAUCAUGUUUAGAGAUUUUUUUUUAAUAAAUUGUUAUUUGACAACAAUCCUAAA